UUUAUUAUUAGUACUUAUUAGGAUUAGGUUAGGUUAAGACAUAUUUUGAAUACAAUCGAAAUUUAGAUCCAAGUUUGUAAAUUGUGCAUGAUCAAAUAACGUAAGCAAAAUGUCUGUCCCUUAAACGCCGUUUUGACCGAAUAUAUUCAACAUGGAGCGAAAGAUGUAUCAUAAAGAAAUAAAGGCUAUAUUCCAGAAAAUAGCAUUACAUUCAAAAUGGAGAAUAUGCUGUCUAACUUGGAGAGGAUGGCGGAGCCUGAUUUCAAAGUUGUGCUAAACUAUUCAGCUUUAAAGGACAAGAUGUCACUAAGAGCUUCAAGUACAACCUUGAGGAGACGGGUUGAUAAGAUAGAGAACACAUUCAAGGUUUGGAGAAUAGGUGGAUUAGUAGAUUCUGCCAAGCUGAGGAGAAUAUCUGACGAGAUUAAGAUCAUAAAAGAUUUAUCAAUCCAUUAUCUCGAUCUCUCUACUCCUGGAUGUGGUCCAGUGUUCAAGGAUUUAAUGGAGAAGCACCAGGAACUAGAAUCUUUCCGUAUUACUGUGGAUAUGAUGGAUGUACUGUCAGGGUUAAAUGUUUAUAUUUCUACAGUGGAUCUGGACGAAAUCGUACUUGCAGUAUUCUCUAAUCUACGAUCUAUCUAUCUAUCUCAUAUGGAGAAAGCAGGAGAUAUAUUGGAUCUUACCAGUAUUCUUCCUGGUCUAGAAAAGCUGGAACUGAGACAGUGGUAUAAUUUGUCAGAUAAAGGACUGACAAAGAUACUGAGUAAAUCCAAGAUAAGUCUGAAAGAACUAGUUUUAUUUGAUUCCGACACAAAAGGGAUUGGUUUAGCGUCAGGAGUCAAAUCUCUUCCAAACCUUGAGACACUGAACCUGGCUGAAUGUUAUAAACUGAAAGAUAAAGGACUGGUGAAGGUUCUAAAAAUAUGUGGAAGUAAACUGAAAGUUCUGAAUAUAUCAAAUACUAAUACAACAGGUAUUGGAUUAGAGGAAGGAGUAAUGUCUCUUCCAAAUCUAGAUAUCUUGGACCUGAAUAGGAGCGAAGAGUUAAGAGACGAAGGACUGAUUGAAAUACUGAGAAUAUCUAGGAGUAAGCUCAGGUGUCUGGAUCUUUCCUGGACGAUGAUUACAGGGAUUGGUUUAGAGGAGAGAGUAGAAUAUCUACCAAUGCUGGAGGAUCUAAACCUGUCUGGUUGUAUGUAUUUGAAAGCUGAAGGACUGAAUCAGAUUCGGAGAAUAUCCGGGAGUAAACUCACAAGUCUAGAUUUAUCCUAUACUUAUAUAACUGGGAUUGGAUUCAAGGAAGGAGUCAAAUCUCUCCCCAUGUUGGAGUACCUGGAGCUAGCGUGUGAACCACUGACUGACCAAGGAUUCCUGGAGAUAAUGAGUGUAACAGGAAACAGAUUAAAGUCUGUUCGUGUAUCCCGAACCAGAAUAUCUGCUGAUGUUAAACAAGCACUUCGUAUUCAACAUCCUUUUGCUCAUUUUGAAUAUUUUGAAUAUUGAAAAUGGUUGUUCUGUGGAAAUUAUUGAAAGUAAAAACAACAGUUGUGGAACAAAUUCUCACACAAAAUUAAUG